AUGCUUUCUUCCCGCUCGAACCCCAAAGGUGUAUUGACCGUUCAAGUCCUCGAGGCCAAGAACUUGAAGAACGAGGAUACCAUCGGCCACAACGACCCCUACGUUGAGCUCUGGCUUGACGAGGAAUACAAGCAGAAGACUAGCGUCCAGAAGAACGCUGACGAGCCUGCCUGGAACGAGACCUUCACCUUCAACAUUGAGGAAGGCUCCAAGGUCCACAAGCUCCACUUCAAGGUUCUUGACAAGGACAAAAUGGACACCGAGAAGAUUGGCGAUGCUGAUUUUGAGUUCGACAGUGCCCUCAACGGCGAACCCCUUGACACUUGGGUCAAGCUUCCUGCCCAUUUAGGUCUGUCUGACCACGGCGAGGUCCACUUCCUCGUCACCUUCGAGGCCCAGUAA